AUGACUAACCAUGACCAACUUCCAGCUCUUAGAAAUUUUCACUUUCAUACCACCAUGUGGUUUCUUUUGGUUCCUGAGCUUAAGUUUAAUAUGUGGCUUUUUUUUCUUCCACACACUCAAGCCACAAACUAUUCAAACUCCGUCCAGUUAUAUGAUCAUAUUACUAUGCUAGUCUGUCAUACUUUGUGCCUUUUAAAGGAUGUUAAUUCUUCCUCAUCCUUUAAGACUUUAAUGUCACUGAGAAAUCUUUGUGAAUUCCCUCAGGCAGAAAGGUACUCCCCUUCUAUAUAUUUUCAUAGCAUUUGA